GACUCAGAGAGGGCGCGGCUCCGGACCCGCGUCACCAUCUUGAGCUUCUCCAUCAUAUUCCUCCUCGGCACCGUCAUGGGCCUGGCCAUGCCUCCGCUGACAGCCAUGAUGGAGGCCAUCAUCUGCCGCGCCAUGCACCCCGAGGUCGAUGCCCCGCCGCCGCCCGACUACGACCCCCGCACCGGCCCAUGGGCAGCCUGGGACCCAGCCGUCCUGCACGACGAGCCCAUCUGCAAGAGCGCUGACGUGCAGGGCUACCUGGCCAUGCUGCGCGGCUGGGUCGGCACCCUCGACUCCAUGGCCAGUCUGCUCACCAUCGUCCCGUUCGGCGUCCUGUCGGAUCGCUGGGGCCGCCGGCCCGUGAUAGUCAUCGCCUCGACGGGGCUCACGAUAAACCUGGCCUUUGUCUGCGUCGUCUUGCUUGCCGCGAACAGCAUCCCGAUCUGGGCGAUUUUGAUGUCGUCGGCGUGUCUCCUGAUCGGCGGCGGCGCUCCAACCGUCCAGGCAAUGCUUUUCACGUUCCUGGCCGACGUCGUGCCGCUGGCGGAGCGGUCCACCGUCUUCUUCCAGAUGGGCGCCGUCUUCCUCUGCUCGCAGAUGACCUCGGGCCCGCUGGCAAGCGUCCUGAUGGCCAGGAACCUGUGGCUUUCGAUCGGCAGCGGCUUGGCAUUGCUGACUGUGGCCAACAUCGCUGUCCUCUUCUACCCCGAGACCCUGCAGCUCCGCAAGCAAACCGGCGUGGACCGGCCUGCGAAGAGAAGCAGGGCAGACAGCAGCGGCAGCACAGGGGCCAGUGGUGAUCUCGAUGACCGCCCCUUCAGCGUGCUGGCGCUCUGGCAGCGAGCGCGCGACAGCGUCCCCGAGGUGCGCGACUUCCUCGUCCACAACAAGGGUGUCGUCAUCCUGCUGCUGCCGGCCAUCUUCGACUACAUGGGCGGCUUCGUGGUGCAGGACCUGCUUUUGCAGUACGCCGCGAAGAGAUACGACUGGAGCUGGAGCAAGGCGACCAUGCUGCUGUCGAUCCGCAGCGCGAGCAGCCUGGCCACGCUCGUGGUGCUGCUGCCGGCGGCGAGCUGGUUCUGUCUGCACCGGCUAGCCAUGGCGGGCGUGGCCAAGGACCUCUGGCUAGCGCGCAUCUCGGUGGCGUGCCAGGCGUCGGGAUGUCUUGUUAUUGGCCUCGCCUCCAGCGGCCAUAUGCUGCUGCCGGCGCUCGUCUGGGUCGCGCUCGGCAGCGGCGCCGACUCGCUCGUGCGCUCUCUGCUCAAUGCCCUCGUCGAGCAGCACCACGUCGGCAUCCUCAACACCCUCAUCGCCUUCCUCGAGAUGGUCGGCAUGAUGGUCAUCAGCCCCCUCAUGGCCAAGUGCCUCAGCGUCGGCGUGCACCUCGGCGGCGCCUGGGUAGGUUUGCCCUUUUUUGUUGCUGCUGCGUUUUACUGCAUCACCGCCACCGUCCUCUACGCUUUCCGGCUGUCGCGGCGAUCGUCG